AUGGCUUUUGCUAUUGAGGUCCCUGGCGAAGCUGCGCCUCUUACGCCGCAACAAGUUUAUCUAGCUCUUCAGUCAGCGGGAUCCUCUCAGCAAGUGCACAUCCAAACCGGCACGCAACAGCUUCAAUCGUGGGAGACGCAGCGGGGUUACUACACAUUACUGCAGGCAGUAUACCUGGACAAAUCCCUACCCUCUGAAGUCCGAUAUCUUGCUAUAAUCCAACUGAAAAAUGGUAUCGACAAGUACUGGCGGAAGACAGCCAUCAAUGCCAUCACCAAGGAAGAGAAGGCUGAGAUCCGGUCACAUCUGAUAGAGGGAGGGAUCGAGGAGGCCAAUACACAACUCGCCCUGCAGAACGCCCUCGUCGUUUCCAAAGUCGUCCGAAUAGACUAUCCGCUCGAUUGGCCAGAGGUCCUCACGAACUUGAUCAAGAUUUUGCGGUCCGCAAAUCAGACGAACCAGCUACACCUGCGACGGGGGAUGCUGAUGAUGUUACAAGUGGUGAAGGAGUUGUCGACUGCGAGAUUACGCGCCUCCCAAACGAGUUUAAAAUCAAUUACACCUGAGAUCGUAUUUUUGUUGAACGAGAUAUAUACUCAGAAGGUUGCAAUAUGGAUGGGGUUUCUACAAGGCAAUGGGGACGACGAAGCCGGAGCUAUGGAUGCCUUGGAGAACAGUCUAUUUUCCAUCAAGAUCCUCAGACGUCUGCUCAUUGUUGGUUACGAAUAUCCCAACCACUCCACGGACGUUCAGCAAAUCUGGGAGCUCUCUCAAGUUCAGUUCGGCCAGUUUCUUGAAAUGGUAUCCCAAGAUCCUCCAUUCUUGGUAUCUCCGGCUAAAGAAUUGGUUGAAAGGCAUCUGGUCCAGUUCUCAAAGCUUCAUCUUCAGAUGUCAGUGAUACAUCCGGCAGCAUUUGCGCUUCUUCCUAGUUCGCUGGAUUUAGUACGAGCGUAUAACGGUUUAAUAGUCAAGUUCGGCGAUUCCUAUGGCUCAGAAUCACAGGACUUCAGCGCAAAAUCUCUCAAUAAAGAUGAUGAUUCCAAAGAUCAAAGACCGGUGAUGGAAAAACUGUGCCUCAAGGGCUUAAAUUUGUUGCGCGGCUGCCUCAGAAUGGUGUUCAGUCCUGCCCAGUCAUUUAAAUACAAAACACCUGAGGUAAAAGCAGAGCAACAGAAAGGUGUGGCGCUUAUCAAAACGGAAUUACUCACUGAGAAUCUCGUCGCCCAACUUGCCAACGUCAUUGUUACCAAAUUUUUUGUCUUCCGUCAAGCUGAUCUCGAGGCAUGGGAAGAUGACCAAGAUGAAUGGGAGAUCAAAGAAGAAGGCGGUGGUGAUACAUCGGAAUUCGAACUGUUCAUGGACUUGGUCAUAAACUACAAGGACCUUCUUGUGCAGCCGUUGCUAUCAUUUUUUCAGUCUGUUGCUGGUGGAAGUGAUAGUACGGUGGUGACGAAAGAUGCGGUAUAUACGGCAAUGGGCUUAUCAGCCCCGGUUGUCUUUAAAAGCUUCGACUUCAAUUCGUUCCUCACUUCAACGCUGGUUAAUGACGUUCAACAGACUGGGCCUGGCUACAAAGUCCUGCGACGGAGAAUUGCUAUCCUACUUGGGCAGUGGAUCACCAUUAGCAUCUCGGAAGCAAACAGACCUUUGGUUUAUCAAAUCUUUCAACAUCUUCUGAAAUCAGAGGACGAGACUAACGACUACGUUGUUCGCGUUACCGCGGCGAGGCAAUUUAAAAUCGUCGUCGAUGACUUUAGUUUUGUGCCCGACGGGUUUCUUCCUUACGCUUCAGACUAUCUCAACAGACUUAUGAGUCUGAUUCAAGAGGUGGAAAAUACGGAAACGAAGAUGGCAAUUCUUGAAACAAUCAGAGUCAUAGCAGUCCGGCUGGAAAACAACAUUUCUCCAUUCGCUGACCAGAUUGUCUCAAUAUUACCCGGUCUGUGGGAAGCAUCAGGCGAAGAACACCUUUUGAAGCAAGCCAUAUUGACUCUCCUUUCUACACUGGUCAUGGCCAUGAAGGAACAGGCUCAAAGAUAUCAUGCCAUGAUUCUACCGCUGAUCCAACGAGCCGUUGAGCCCGGUUCAGAAAUGCAAAUCUACCUCAUGGACGAAGCCCUCGAGCUGUGGUCUACCAUUCUCGCCCAAUCCCCUGCUCCUGCUCCAUCAGAGGUAGUGUCGCUCGUCGAGGCCGCCUUUGCCCUCCUUGAAAUCGGUUCCGAUACCCUUCGCACAGUACUCAAUAUCGUCGAAUCCUAUAUUUUACUCGCCCCCGAAGUUAUGCUCAGCGAUGGCAUCCGCCUACGUGUCCUCUCAUACAUGUCGAACCUGCUCGGCGUUAAGAGGCGUGAAAUGGCAGGUCAAGUAACAUCCAUAGUGGAGAACCUCAUACGUGCCGCAGAGAAGAUUGGAGGCUCUCAAGGCAUCACGCUCAUUGCCAAAGACUUACACGAAUGCGGCUACAGCCAGAAAAUAUUUGAAGGACUCCAUGAUGCAUGGGAUGCCCACCAAACUGCUGGUCCGAACCGUCGGUACCCUAAGCUUGACGAUGUCGUAGAGACAGACUAUUUCACCAUUCUCGCACGACUCGCGCUCGCGGACCCAAAUGUCUUUCUUACCAUCAUUGGUUCUAUCGGGAAUGCAGAUGAAGUCUGGAGGUGGCUGAGCACAGAGUGGUUCCGCCAUUUUGAUAGCAUGGCGAAUAUCGACAGGCAGAAACUCUCGUGUCUAGCUCUCUCGCGCCUCGUAGAACUGCCGCCACCCAUGACGCCCGUCAUUCUCGAGCGGCUCCAAGAUUAUUUUGCAAUGUGGACUUCUGUUAUUACCGAGAUGUCAACCGGCCGUGACGAUGGCGGUGAUAACUUGAUCUGGUUGCAGAGUGAAGGGAACGAGUACGAGGGUCCGGAAGAUAUAAGGAAGCGGCUUCAUAGUGCUGGCGAUCCAGUGCAUACCAUUCAUACCUUCAAUUUCGUUAAGGAGCGCUUGCAGGGCGUCGUCAAUGCGUGUGGGGGCGAAGACUCUUUCCAUGCGAACUUCUCGAUUAAUGUAGAUAAAGAUGUACUUCAAGGCUUCCAGAGGCUGGGGACCGAAGCUAGUAAUGAGCCGAGGGCAUUUUGGGAGAACGGCUGA